AUGAUCGCCGCUCAGGACACAUCAGGUUCUGCUUGUGCUUUUUUGCAUGUUCUCCUUGUGUAUGACAGUUUGGACCUGAUGAAUGAACCCGUCUCGACCCGCUGUGACCAUCAGUUCUGCAGGUUCUGCAUGGCGAAGCUGCUUGAGAGAAGUAAGAGAAAAGAGGCGAGCUGUCCCAUCUGCAAGACCAAAGUCACUAAGAGGAGUCUGCAGGAAAGUCCAGGCUUCCAGAAACUGGUAGAAGGUCUGCGGAAUUUGGUUCAGUCUUAUGAAUAUGACACAGGAACAAACUAUUUCACUGGUUUCCCCCAGAGGAGACGGAGCACUAGCGUGGAGACGGAGUCGAGAGAUCAGCAGGGCAGCGGAGGAAACACCUCAGAGACGGAGAAGGAAGCGACUCCGUCCUCCUCGGCAGCAGCUAAAGACGCUUUCGCAAAACUCAUGUGUUUGGAGGAUUCGGGUGCCGACGCCCCACAACAACUCUCCUCACACACCAGUCCUGCCGAUUCAGCACAAAAACCUGCAGGUGCUCCACUGAGAACACGAGGUGCUGAUUCAGCAGGUGUGGAGACGGAGGAGGCUCCUGGUGACGUGAAACCCUCUCUCAGGAGAUCCAAACGUCUCGGUCUGGAGCCGGACAGAAUUCCAGAUCAAAGACAGAAGAAAAGCGUGCAGAAAGUGUCCGAGUGGCUGCUGAAGAUUUCUCCGACUGCAGACGAAAGCACCGUGGCAGGAGAUCGUCCAGGUUUCCCAGAGAGCGACGCUGAAGAAGGGAGCACGGCUUCACGCGCGUCCACGGAGAUCCACGAUGUCGCCAUGCCGAGUCCUGUAAGAGAAGCUCCUUGUCGAGGUCUGGAGGAACGAGUGUUCGGUGCGGUGUAUAAACGCGAGCGCAGGGUCUCCAAGACCCUCAAAGUCACCAGAGGGUUUUCUCCAGAACGAGAGAUCCUCACGCCUAAAAGGAGGUCAAGCCGUAAAUCCACUCCGGCGGAUUUUAUCAGGAGGACGUCGAAUGAAGAUAAAGAAGACGGAGAUCAGCAAGAGGAACCCGAUAAAACAAAGAAAGAAGAAAAGCCGUUAAGUUCUUCAGACCAGGAGGAACCCGUGGUGCAGAGUGAAAAUAUGAAAGAAAGUCCAGAAUUUGAGGUCCCUUUGAAGAAACCAUGGAGAAGAUCUAAGAUGCAGGAGGUCUGGAAAGUGGACCGUGAUUUGACCGAGAAAGAAAACGCAGACAAGAAGAAAGAUGGGAAUAGACGGGUCACUAGGAGCAGCCGAGACCCUACUAAACAGGACGAAUCGGAAAAAUCCAAAAACGCCAAAUGCGCCCUCGAUCUAAUCCGUGCUGGAUCUGAGGACCUUGACCUGAUGGAGAAGGUUCCACAAAAUCCCAAAGUCAUCAAGACUGAAGUUGAUAUCGAAAGUUAUCCCAGUAGUGCAGAUCCGAAGUCUCCUGACGCUCGGAAAACCAGACGGAGCGCAAGGCUGCAGGAGUUUACUGCAGAAGUCCGAGGUCCUCCGAGCAGACGACGAGUGAAACCAGGACUCCUCAAACGUGAUGAAGGACCCGAGAACAAUCCACCUCCGAACCCGCAUGAGCCGAAUGCUGAAGCAGAAAGUUCUGUGAGGAGAAAUGGGUGUGUUUACAACAACGACCUUGAAAACAUCGAAGCCGUGCAGUCAAGCGAGGAUCCAUCCAUCAAGUGUCCAUCUCAGGAGAACGUAGCUGAAGACGUUUCCCUCGUCCCAGACACGGUGGAUCAGGACGAGAACGUCGUUGCUCAUUCUCCCAGAGUUGCAGAAUUUGAAGCAGGUCCUGUUCCUGAAUCUUUACCGCAGAAAUGUCAGGAAUCACCAUCUCCCAAAACGUUUCCACCUGGUGAUCCAGAGCAAGAAGACGACACCAAUGAUAGUGAACUCGACACGGAGCAACUCAUGAAGACCUUCAAGACCACUAAGAGGAAAUCCUUCUAUCUGGGUAGUCCCUCACACUCCAGAGCCCAGGAGAAAUCUCUCACUCAGAUUUCAGAGGAAGACCAGCAGGAGAACGUAGAUCAUGCUGAGAUACCACCUAACUGUGUGGACCCUGAUCACGGUCUCGCCCCAAAUGCUUGUGAGAUAGCACCUCGGGAGGUAUCAUCUCCGACAGCUCAGAGCGGUGCUGCAGAUGUUCUGAGCGUCAGUCUGCUUCAGGUAACAUCGGCUGAUGUUCCCGGUCUUCCAGAAGACCCCAAUUCUGUCAAAGCAUCAGGUGCCAGUGAGCAUCCUGAGAAGGUUCAAGAUUACAGGCCUCCUUUGAAUACUGAGCUCGGAAAUUCGGUCCAACUUUUCUCUGCAAGCACGACCCAGGAGGAACCACGAGGCUCUCACAGGAAGAUCUCAUCUCCAGAAAUACAAGGCAACCAAGUUUCCAGCAUCUCGUUGGGAAGAUCCUCGGAAAUUCUGUGUAACAACCUGGAGUCCUCAGUCACCCCUGAUGGUCUGGUACCUGAAGUUUUGGUCAUGAAACCUGCAACCAAUGACAACCUGGAUGAGAUGGAUGAAGGUGAAAUUCCAUCUCAGCCACGAGUCUGUAGGAAGAGAAAAGCCCAGAGACUGGAGUCUUCAGACUCGGAAUCCAGUGUUGAGAACGACGACUUGCCCCCAUUAGCCCAGAUACUUAAAUCUCACCGACCACCUUCUGAUGAUCUGGUGAAGAUCCAAGCUGAAGAACCAAACCCAAAGCCUGGUUUAGGUCCUGGAAGUCAGGAGAGCCGCUCUCACAGUGAACCAGAAGCUCAGUCAAGUCCAAGUCAGUGCAUCGCUCCGUAUCAGAAACCCGGAUCUCUACAAGAUCUAAACUCGAAUGGUGUCCAGGAUGGAGCUCCUGAUCCACCUUGCAGAGAUGACUGGAUGACGUCUAGCCAAGGAUCUGUGGACCUUUUUGGGACACCACGGCAAUGUGAUGAAGCUGACCAUGGUGUUUGUGGAAACACUGAGAUCUCCGGCGAGUCUUCUCAGUUCUCUAGUGAGAUCAUUAACACCCAGCAGAGAGAAGAGAUGCAGCAGGAGCUGCACAGGCUGGAGAGAAUGAUGGCUCUGGUGUCUGACGCGCUGCAGAAGAAAGACGGAGACUUGAGCGAUAAAACUAAGAUGGAGGACGAUGACGUGCAAUCAGGACAGCGAGGCAGAAUGAGAAGUCAGCGAGGCUGUAGGAGUGGAAGACAAGCUUCUGAGCGGUCAGAGGUUGGAGGUCAGCGUUCUGAGGGUUCAGCUGUGGAGGUGAACGUGGAGAAGGAUGCGAGUGAGCUGAGAGGACGAGGUGUAGGAGAAUGCUCAGGAAAGAAGGAGUGCUGGACAGGAAGUGGAGGAAGGAUGGAGAUGGUGAUGUCAGGGCUCAGUGCCAAUGAACAGGGCCUGGUGAAGAAAUUUGCGAGGAAGAUGAAGGCUGGUGUUAGCAGUCAGGUCACGCCCACUACAACACACAUCAUCAUUAAAACAGAUGGAGACCUGGUGUGUGAGCGAACGUUAAAGUACUUCCAGGGCAUCGCAGGCAGGAAGUGGAUGGUGAGCUUCCUGUGGAUCUCGGAGUGCUUCAAACACAGCAAACUUCUCACUGAAGCUCCGUACGAGGUUUGCGGGGACGUCGUUAACGGACGCGAUCACAACGGACCCCGGAAAGCCAGGACUGCUCAUAACCUGCUGAUGAAAGGGUGUGAGAUCUGCUUCCAAGGUUCCUUCACUGAUAUGACCUCAGAUCAGAUGGAGGUGAUGGUGGAGCAGUGUGGUGCUACAGUCAUGAAAGAUCCUCUGAUGUUCUCCAGAAAGGAUCAGGAUAUCUGUUACCAGGUGGUGGUGGUUCAGCCUGGUCCUGAUGACUCUCAGUCUUACUACACAGCUCUACAGAAGAAAGCCACAGUGGUGACUCGGAACUGGCUCCUGGACUCGCUCUCCACGUACACGCUCCAAAAUCCACUCCAUUAUAAACCAUAACGUUUAUCUGUGGGGGUUGUGUUUUUUUAUUUUUUUAUUUUCCUUGUGUUGUGUUUUCUUUCUUCUCCUCUCUUCUCUUCUUUCUUGCACUUUAUUUGUGUGGAGUUUUGUUUAUUUGUUUUCUCACUAUAUCCACUGUCUGGCCAAAAGUAUCAGGACACACGACUUCUCCACUCACAAGCAGUUCCUCCCCAGACCGUUACACAAACUCAGAGAACGCACAAAGCUAUCUCCAUGAAGAUCUGCCUUCCAUGGGUUGGAGUGGAAGAUCUCCUGCGUAAGAGCUCUAACGAUAUUGGGAUGAAUGUGAACGCUGAAUGCAUCACCUCAUCUCACCAACAUCAGUUCCUGACUACUAACACUUUUGUGGCCGAACGAAUCUCCACCAAAAUCUCUUCCCUAAAGCAGAUUUGAUCUAGAUGUGGAAUGAGAUGUUCUGCUCAGAUGUCCACAAACUUUUGACUCUACAGUGUAUCACUUUGACUCCACAUAAAAAAGAGAAUCGAUUUUAAGGUUUUUGUAAAUAAGAUGGUCCUCGAACAUUUCAGUAUAAAACACUCGACAAGUG